UGAUGUUUCAAACUCUCUGCAACAAACAAUCUCUUCUUCUUAACUGAAACUUUCUCUUCUGAUCUAUCACACAGAAUCUAACUAUCACUUCUUACUGUAAUAAUAUGGGAGAAAUUUCCGGAUAUGUGUGUCGGAUCUAUGGAUAGUGUAUAGAAUCUAUUCUUCUUCUUCACUGAGACCAAAAAAUUGAAUUUCUAUGGAUUUUCUUCAAAUUGCUCAUGCCACAAAUCAUUAGGAUUUCGAGGUAAAGGCGUGUGAAAUCAAACAAGUGGAGGGACACCGAUAACAUCAUAGUUAGUUCAAGAAUAAUGGAGUUGAAGAAGGGGUUUACUAAAGUAGAAGACGGAGAAUGUGAGAUAAUAGUUGCACAAGAGAUGCAAAAGUUGUCAUCUGAUGAAAUUUACGAGAUACUAAUCAGAGCAUCAUUCAGUACACUUCUACGUCAAUCUCGAUGGGUUUGCAAAGACUGGAAAAAACUCAUUCUCUCCGAUACUAAGUUCCAACAAACCCAUUCUCAGAGAACAAUUGCAUCUGGUCAUCUUUUUCAAGUUAAGUCGAAAACCCGGCCAACCUUUGUCAGCUUUGUCCGAAGCAACAAUGAUCAUGAGAAUCACUACACUUCUGCUCAAGAAGUGCAAUCUCCUUCUCUUGAUUUCCUGCCUGCGGCAAAAAGUAUUACGAUUGCAGGUUCGUCGCUUCAUGGCUCAUUACUUUGUUGUGUCACUAAAUCCCGCAGUACCCCAAUCCCAUCUUUCUACAUGUGUAAACCAGCGAGUCGUGAAUGGAGAAAGAUACCAAACCCUGAACCUAUAUUCGAGUACUCCAGUAUUGGAAUUGCAGUGAAGCAGUCCUCGUGCUCAAUACUACAAUACAAGAUACUGCGUUUAUCGCAACCAGAAACAGGAUAUGGUUAUCACUGUCAGUUGUUCAACUCGGAGACCUGGGCUUGGAAGACACUGCCGUUUGUUCAAUUCAAGUGUGAUUGCACUUGCUUAAUUGGGGAAGGUGGUAUCUGGGUUAACGGGGGAUUACAUUGGUUAACUAGCUAUGAUGAAUUAUACGAAUUCGAAGUAUUCGUAUUUAACACUGAUCAAGAGAAUUGGACAACUUUUGAGAUUUCAUCCGAGAUGAAAACCAUUCCAGGAUCUAACAGAGUUGCUGUAAGUUGUGAUGGUAAGCUUGGAAUUAUCUACCAUACAAAUGAAUGGAUGGAACUCUGGAUAUUAGAAGACUAUUCCACUACGAAGCCAACAUGGAAAAGGAAGUAUAGGAAUGAUUUGAGAUCACUUGAUCAAAAUGUGCAACAUUUUUAUGCACAUCAUAUGUGGUCGAACAACACCGUCAUGAUGAUGAGUGAGUAUGAGCUCAUAGCGUUUAAUUGUGACAAGAAUACCUACACUCGGACAAAGCUACCUAGGACAGCAGAUAUAUUAGGCUUAUCACCUUACCCAUUUCAACCCCAGUUUUGUUACCUUUAGUUCUAGUCUCCUAGGUGGUUUCUCUUGCAAGUUGUGUACGUCUUUUCAUUUACACAUGAGGGAAAAAAAUAAAAAUUAUAAUU